AUGGUUCAUGUCCACAAUCACAACCAUGGGCCCAGCCUGGAGGGACGAAGUCCUGACCGUGGCGAUGACGGACAAGAAGUCACCGUGGUUUACGUGACUGCCUCCGCAGACUUUGAUGGUCCUAUAGGUGGUUAUGUAACAGGUGAAGACCCAAAGACGAAGACCGCGGCGGCUCCCACAGUCGGCGUUGGUCCUGCGGUUCAACAGAGUCGCACAUCGACGAAGGAAGAGCCAACUACGACUAAGGAACCAACGAAGAAAACUACGGCAGUGGAGACGAAGCCAACAGCCACGACCAAGAUCGAGACGACUGAGACCACCAAGGAACAGCCGACUAAGACGGAAGAGACUACCAAGGCAACUGAGAAAGAGACAUCCACGACCGAUGAGAAGAAUACUCCCACCGCAAUGACUACCUUCUCAACAGCUACCUCCUCCACAUCCUCCUUGUCCAAUACUGGCUUGGGAGAGGCUGCUUCCACGCACACGUCGUCUUCGGAUAAAUCAGCUGCUUCAUCAACUGCUCUUCCUGGAGCUUCGGGUUCUGAAGGUCUCACAGGAGGUGCAAAAGCGGGUAUUGCGAUAGGUGUAAUUCUGGGAGUUGGCCUGAUCGCGGCUCUCAUUUUCUUGUUCAUGCGUAAAAAGAAGCAGGGCCAGAAAAUUGACGAAAUAGAGCCCGAAAAUGAGAAAGCAGUUGCUGCUAGCAGUGUAGCACCUCCCCCGCCUCCGCCAAAAUUCGAGCCGAUGACUCCUACCAAUCCACCGCAGCUCAAUGUUCGACCGGUGACCCAGUUUGCACCCGAUCUCACGCCCUCUGCCACCGGCGCUCUCCCUGCGGCUGGUGCAGGCGCAACACUUGGAGCAGCCGCCGCUGCAUCGCGCAACCUCACCGAACACACCUCACCACCCCACACUCCGCAGUCGAAUGCAGGCACCUCAAAUCCUUUUACUGACCCGGUGAAUCCCUUCAGCAACCAGGCGGAGGCACCAUCCCCCAGUGACGUGGCUAGACCGAUUACCCCUCCAACUGCGCCUGAGACCAUGGUGCCUCCAAAUCCGGUUCCUGCUGAAGCCGCUGUGGAAACGACUGCUGCCGGUGCGGCGGUGGCUGCAGUGGCUGUCAGUGCUGCAAUUCCUUCAUCCAAGUCCACCGAGAAUGACCAUCCCACUCAACCUGAAAGCUCCAAGCCCAAGACUGAUUCCCAGCCUGAACGUGCGGAGACAAACCCUGUCAAUGCUCCAGAUGGCAAUGAGGGGCCUGCUCCUAGUCCUGCUGUUGUCACUGCAGUGCCUGCGUUUGGUCCUUCUGAACAUGGUCCACCUCCACCUCCGGCUCCUACCAAUGUGCAUCGCGUACAGAUGGACUUCAAUCCUUCCAUGGAAGAUGAAUUGGAGCUCCAUGUCGGUCAGCUUGUUCGGCUUCUCCAUGAGUACGAUGACGGUUGGGCUCUCUGUGUUAAAAUGGAUCAUUCACAGCAAGGAGUGGCCCCUCGUUCAUGUCUCUCUUCGCGCCCUGUGAAGCCUCGAGCUCGCCCACCUCCGGGGGCCGGCCCCGGUCCCGGUCCACGUGGUCCCCCAAUGAUGGCACCCAAUGGCCCUAUGCCUCCUGGUGCCAUGCCCAAUCCUCGUUUCUAUCCCCAAGGUGGACGCCCAAUGUCUCCUGCUCGACCGAUGUCGCCAGCGCGUCCCAUGUCCCCAGCACGUCCCAUGUCCCCAGCACGUCCCAUGUCUCCUGCUCAUCCUGGCUAUGCUGGGCCUCCGGCACCACGUCCUCACCCACAGCGCCCAAUGUCCCCUGCUCAAUUUCCUGCUCCCCGAUCAUUCUCGCCAGGUCCAGGCCCUCGACCAAUGCCGCCUCGUUCGAUGAGCCCGGGUCCUUAUGGUCCCCCAGGCAUGCAACGACCGGAGAUGCCUAUCAACCAGCGGCAACGUAGCAACAGUGCUGGCGGGCCAGUUCCACGCACCGCCGGGUCACCAGGACCGAGCCCCUUGGCUGCUCCUAGAACCCCACCUCCAUCAGGCGCACUGCCAGCAAUUCCCAACCCGGCCCUAGCCCCUGCUCCGGCCCCGGUCGAAGCUCCAGCCCCGGGAAGUAAUAUACCACCCCAGUGA